AUGAGCUUGUCCCUAACUAGUAUCCCCACAGGAGGAGAAAUCAGUGAGGAAAUUAUCAAUCAAGUGUAUCCCGGAGUGUGGGCCACUGACACGUCUGGAAGGGCAAAGAAUGCCUCACCUGUAGAGGUAAAACUUAAGGAAGGACAACAACCGGCGGAAUUAGUAGAACAAGAUGAUGUGGAGAUUGUAGUAACUAACAUUAUUAACCCAGCUUCUUUCCUGAGUGGAAACACAGGAGAACCAGUGCAACAUGAUUGCCUGGAGACCAUCGAGGCAACAUACUCAAGCCGCACAGAUCUGAAGGAAGAUGCUGAGAACUGGUUUACAGAUGGGAGUAGCUAUGUCCUGAGCGGCAAAAGGUAUGCUGCGUAUGCUGUCACCACCACCCAAGAAAUACUGGAAUCAGGACCGCUACCCAUGAAUACAUCUGCACAAAAGGCAGAGAUAAUUGCUCUGACCCGUGCUUUAGAAUUAGCCCAAGACAAAACUGUGAACAUUUAUACAGACUCAAAUUAUGCCUUUGGAGUAGUUCAUGCUCACGGAGCAAUCUGGAAGGAAAGAGGACUGCUAAAUUCACAAGGGAAACACAUCAAACACGGGAAGGAAAUUCUGAAGCUACUGGAAGCUGUCCAACUUCCAAGAAAAGUGGCAAUCAUGCAUAUUAAAGCACACCAAAAGGUGAACUUGGAUUUGGAAAAAGGAAAUGAACUAGCAGACAAAGAGGCAAAACAAGCAGCCAAAAGAGAGGUAAAAUUGGAAGGAGCUUUAGUUCCUGAUGGGCAAGUCAUCCCAGAAGGUAAGCCUACUUAUACUAAAGAAGAUCAGAAGUUAAUUACAGACCUGGAAGAAUCAUAUAAUGAAGAAGGUUGGGCCAUCACUCCCCAAGGGAAGAAGCAGGCCAAAUUGGAAAGGGAAAUGGACCGGGACAACAAUGGCAAACUGAUUUUUCAGAACUUCCAAGAAAAGGGGGGUAUUGAUAUUUACUGCUAUUAA